GGCAAAGCAAAUAGCAUAUGUCUUAGGGCAGAAGAUGGGUAACUAACUCUGUCACAUGUGCACUGGCCUCUGCAGCUCAGCUGCCAGUCCAUGUCUAGGGAAUCUUAGCAUCUGGGACCAAGACACUUUAUAGCAGUCAUCGCCCUUUCCACAGCAGGGGAGAUCACCAGGACUUAUCUGCUAUUUCGGACAUUUUGCUGCCCCCUGCCAGGUGGCUCCAGCUGCUGAUAAAGAUGGUGGAUUUCCCAGUCUCCCUGGACACCUUGAAGCCAGUAUCUCUGACCAGCAGUCUUGUCUUAUUCAUGCACCUCCUCCUCCUUCGGCCUGGGGAGCCGAACCCAGAAAAGAUCACAGUGGUAGGCCCUGCGGAUCCCAUUUUGGCCCUCGUCGGGGAGGAGGUGGAGUUCUCGUGCCACCUAUGGCCCUACCUGGAUGCACAACACAUGGAGAUCCGCUGGUUUCGGAGCCACACCUCAAAUGUGGUGCACCUGUACUGGGAGCAGCAGGAGCUCCUGGGCAGGCAGAUGGAGGCAUUCCGGAACAGGACCAAGUUGGUCAAGGAUGACAUUACCGAUGGCAGUGUGGCCCUGCAGCUUCACAGCAUCAUCCCCUCUGAUGAGGGCAUGUAUGGCUGUCGCUUCCUCUCCGACAACUUCUCCGGCGAAGCUAUCUGGGAGCUGGAGGUAGCAGGGCAGGGCUCAGAACCUCACUUCUCCCUUGAGGGCUCCAAGGAAGGAGGCAUUCAGCUGAGGCUCAGAUCCAGUGGCUGGUACCCCAAGCCUAAUGCUCAGUGGAGAAACCACCAGGGACAGUGCCUGCCUCCAGAGUUUGAAGCCAUCGUCCAGGAUUCCCAGGGCCUGUUCAGUCUGGAAACGUCUGUCAUUGUCCGAGAGGGAGCCCUCAGCAAUGUGACCCUCUCCAUCCAGAAUCUCCUCUUGAGCCAGAAGAAAGAGUAUGUGGUCCAGAUAGCAGAUGUGUUUUUACCCGGAGGCUCCCGGUGGAAGAGCGCUUUCGUGGGGACCAUGGCGGUGCUGCCGCCGCUGCUGGCUGUCCUCGUGGCGCUGGCGCUGGGCCUCCUCCAGAAGCAGCGGAGACGCCAAGAAAAGCUGAAGAAGCAGGCCGAGAAGAGACAAGGGAAACUCACUGUGGAGCUGGAGAAGCUUCAGACAGAGCUUGACUGGAGACGGGCUGAAGGCCAGGCUGAGUGGAGAGCAGCCCAAAAAUAUGCAGUGGACGUGACUCUGGAUCCAACCUCAGCGCACCCCAGCCUGGAAGUGUCGGAGGACGGCAAGAGUGUGUUUUCCCGCGGCGCGCCGCCAAGCCCCGCGCUCAGCGACCCGCAGGGGUUCUCAGAGCAGAAGUGCGUGCUGAGCCUCCAGCGCUUCUCCGCGGGCCGCCACUACUGGGAGGUGCAAGUGGGCUGCAGCAGCCGCUGGUUGCUGGGCGCCUGCCUGGCCGCAGUGCCGCGCUCGCGGCCCAUGCGCCUGAGCCCGGCGGCCGGCUACUGGGUCUUGGGGCUGUGGAACGGCUGCGAGUACUUUGUCCUGGCCCCGCGCCGCGUCGCGCUCACCCUGCGCGUGCCUCCGCGGCGCGUGGGCGUCUUCCUGGACUACCAGGCGGGAAAGCUGUCCUUCUUCAACGUGUCCGACGGCUCCCACAUCUUCACCUUCCACGACACCUUCUCUGGCGCACUCUGUGCGUACUUCAGGCCCAGGGCCCACGACGGCGGGGAACACCCGGAUCCCCUGACCAUCUGCCCCCUGCCGCUUAAAGGGACGUGCGUCCCCGAAGAGAACGACAGUGACACUUGGCUACAGCCUUAUGAGCCCGCAGACUCCUCCCUGGACCCGUGGUGAGGCGCCCUUGUGGCCGCAGGGCUGAACCCAGGAGGCUCCCUGGAUCCCAGGCCAGCGUUUUGCUCUCCUGCUUCCUCAAAACUGAGCAGGUGCACAGGCCAAAAUGUCAGCAAAAUGUCACCGAGUGGGACAAAGAGAGGGACCUUUGCCUACAUAGAUGUGUAUGUGUAAUGAGAUUUUCUUCAAGGAAUGGAGACAAGUCCAAAGCUUAUUUGUGGAUUGUAGGACUGAGUGAAUGAGUACAAAUACAUCCACAUCGCUGAGAGCCGGGGUGCCCCGCUGGGAGGUGGUGGAAAAGGCAGCAUGGAAGAAAGAAGAGAGAAACCUUUGGAAACUGCAGUAGAGGGAUUCGUUAAUUUGUAUAGUUUUAUAUUUUUUGUAUAUGGUUGCUAGCUCUAAAAAGGUCAAGACGCAAUAGUAAGCAACAAGUUCACCCUAAGUAAGGCUCAGAUCCUAGUUUUAAACAUCAUUUCCCAUUAAAAUGAAGUUGGAGGAACUGCUGCUUCUGUUGCCGGGGCAAAAAUUUCAAGAUGAGCCUGGAGCAUUCAUUGUGUGUGGUAAGGCAAAGUAAGUGCUCGAAAAAUGAAGGGAACAUGGCAAGAGGGUAGAAGAGCCAGGCUGAAGGGGCCUCACUGGCCAAUUGAGGGACAAUCUGAAUAUCAGGAUGAAUAAUGACAGGAGAGAUUUUAACAUUCAAAACAUAAUCCAUGAGUUCUUGCUGAUAUUCAAAUUCUUUUUAAAAAGAAGAAACAGGAAGAUUUUUUUUAAAGAGGUGAAAUCUAAUUAUUGGUGUCUUUUGGAGAACAGGUAUGUAAGCAGUAAUCUUUCACACUACUUAUAAAUUUGAAAGGGUAAAAUCUACCAGAGAAAUCUACCAGCUCAUCCAAGUGAUUUAAUUUAACAUCACCAAUGAUGGGACCAAGGACAUUAUCAGUUUCACAACUGGGGAAAAUGAAACAGGAACAAGAUAUCACUGGGGAAGUGUUCUUCACCCCCUGCCCCAAGAGUCUCUCUCUGUCACGCAGGCUGGAGUGCAGCCUCAACCUCCUAGGCCCAAGUGAUCCUCCCACCUCAGCACACAACACCAUGCCCAGAUAAUUUAAAAUCUGUUGUAGAGACAGGGUCUCACUUUGUUCCCAGGCUGGUUUCAAACUCCUGGGCUCAAGCCAUCCUCCUACCUGGGCCUCCCAAAGUGCUGGCAUGAGGCACUGCACCUGGCUUCAUUUUCUGAGUGAGACAUUUGUACUGUAGGAUAAUAUUCUUGUUCUUAGUAAACAUACUGAAGUUUUUAGAUAUAAAUUACCACAGGGCCUGCCACUGAAUCUCCAAUGACUUAAGUAGAAAAAUAUAAAACAUAAGAAUAUGUAGAAAGGAGACAAGUCAAAUGUAGCAAAAUGACAACACUUGGUGAAUCUAGGUGACUAGUCGACAGAUGUUCAUUGUACUGUCAGUGCAGGCUUGCUGUUUGAAAUUUUUCAAACUAAAAGAGUUGGGUAGUGGGGAGAAGGAUACACCAAAAAGCGAAGUGAUUAUGUAUGGAUGGGGAAAUGGCAAUUGUAUUUUUUAAAGUCUUCCUUGUAUUUUUUUUAAUGUUCAGUAAUGUUCAUGUAUUGGUUCUGUAAUAAAGAGAGAAAGCUGUUUUUGAAAAAAUA